UUCCUCCCACCAUUAAUUGCAGCAGGUGUGCUGAUUGUGAAGCAGCAGGGAGAGACAACCUGCUGCCGCUGUUCUCAUAUGUAACUCCAUACUUUUCAUUUAUUUAAAUAUUUUUUGUCUUUCUCAAGUGACUGAUUCACUCGCAGUAAUACCACAGUGAACAACAAUGUGCACAACACUUAACCUCUCAACCUCCGACCACUUCAACCUUACAGACAUUGACCCUCAGAGACUGCAGGAGCUGACCCACCGCUCCAUCAAAGUAAGCAUAAUAAUCGUUUUGGGCGUGAUGAUUACUUUGGGAAACAUUGCAGUUCUCCUGGUUAUUACCUCCUCGGUGGCUGGUUGGUCAAGAAACUCUCGGUACUUUCUCCUCUCUCUCACUGCUGCAGACUCUUCGUUUGGACUGCUGGUUAUGCCCUUGAAUCUCUGGGUGAGUCUGUUAAAGGAUUACACCGAGGGCCCAGACGCUCUUUGUCAUGUCGUGGCUUUUUGCAAUGCCACCGUCUACUCCACCUGCAUGUACACACUGGCCUCGAUAAGUCUUGAGAGGUACAUCGCGGUGUUUUACCCUCUCCAGUACUCAACUCUGAUGACCAGAAAAAGGACGCUGCUUUUGAUUGCCUUCGCCUGGUGUUUCCCCCCCUUCUUACUCUGGCCAAUCUCAGUUCCAGACGGCAUCAUCGAGGUUCAUUUUUCCACCGCUUCGCUGGUCUGCAAUCCAUCCUAUUCUACAAACGUAGCCUACUCCUUGAGCUUGACAUGUUUAAUAUUUUUCCCUUGCUCCAUCGUCAUGACAUAUGCAAACCUGAGGGUGUGGUGCGCAGCCAAGAGACAGACACUAAAACUGCGCAAGUACGGCUUUGCGCGUGGCAGCAGGCACACUGUGGCAUCAAGGGUGCUUGUGCCUGUGAUGGCCGCGUACUACACUUGUUGGACACCCUGCAUGGCGGUUAUGAUCUACAAUGCAGUCUCCGGUAGCAGCAUACCAGAGUGGGUUGAGUUUGUGGUGGUGUGGUUGCCAACCUCUAAUGGUUUCCUCAAUUGCAUCUUCUAUUUCUGGAUAAAUCGAAACUUCCGCAGAAAAUUUCACCUUGUUCUCCAGAGGCUGGUUCUGGCCUUCUGCCCUGAACUGGCCAAAACCCUCAACUUCAGCAACUCAUCAGGAUAUUUGGACAAUACCAUCAGUGUACAUGAGCGCUCUUCUAGUGUGUCCUCCACCUGUACUCUGGUGACUUUGGCUUAGGACCUCUGGACCUGAAGAGUACCACCAGCAUGGUAGGUGAUAUGGUCAGUGAACCUUUACUGUGAUGCACUGUCUGGAAGGGCAACCAAGGCCAUGUUGUUGAUACGUCUCCAUGAAUGACAUCAAGGUUAAGGAGUGAAGUAAUGAGCCACACAAGUUGCAAUGCAGAUGGUUUAAUACUCAGGCUAUGUUUGCAAGUGUUUGAAAUAACUGCUGUACAUUGUACAUCAUAUAUGUAUAUGUAUAUAUGAUAUACUAAUUAUUGUAUUUAAUUUUUUAUCCAAUUUCAGUCUGAAACCGAUGUUCAGUUAACUGGAACAUAAGAUCUGUUUUGUGAGUGAUUUGGAUUUUUUUUUUUUUUUUUUUACUCAUUAACACAAUGUUGCCAGGAUUUGAUUUCUGGUCUUAAACCACCUUUUUAGUUGUUUUAUAGCUGGCCAUCAACCUUGUCUGUGCUCCAGAAAUGCCUACAAAUGUUCUCUGUACAGUUUUUAGUAGUGUCUGCCUUUUAAGACCCGUUGCUUAGGUAAACACAUCUCAGACAUUUGAAGUUAGUCAAUUACCUCAUCAAAAUAACCAACCUUUAGGCUUCUUUUCAUAUGAGAUAUGUGUGAGUGAGUCUGAUUAAAGCACUUUGAAGAACUAAGGCCAUCAGCCUAAUCUUUAUUGUAAACUGUGCAUCAAAGAUUUUGGCAUAUAAGAGCUGAGAGAAGUUAACAUUUAAGCUGCAGUCCUUCUGUGCAUGCAAGAAGAAAAGUAAUUUAGCACCUACACUGCAGAAAGGUCACCACAUUUUGUGCUAGGAAGAGAUAACUUGUGCUGGGAAGAUCCGGAGCUUAAUAUCUCUAAAUAAACAGCCUCUGGAGUUACUCCUCAUUGUCUUCCGCUUGUAUUCAACUUGGCAAUGAACAUUUCCAACUCUGAAUAAAGUUUAGUGUCAUGACUAAGGUUGAUUUAGAAGAAAGUUCAGUGUAAUUUUUGAAAAACAUUGCAAAGAAACAUUUUAUGCAGUUCAUUUUAGACCUAGGGUUGCUGCUUGGUGUUGCUAUCGGCGAGUCUCAGAAAGAAAAUCACCAAGUUAUGUGAGACAAAUGACCUCAUGACAUUUUGUAUGUACAUAUUGUGUUUCUAACUUUAAAGAAUAAUGUGUUGAUUUGUAGAUCUGUGAAAUAAAGUAUGAU